CAUCAUCCAGUACAUAUCGCCCAUCAGGUCAAACACAGCAAUACAAGGACAUUGGUAGCAAUGGGGCGUGCAAAGCAGACAGCUCGUAAAUCAGCCGCCAAAAUGGGAAAAGCGAAGAUGAACGCCAAGAAGGCUCUCAUCAUGCGUCAGACUGGAGGAGUCCCACCGACAGAAGGAGCAGAUCCACAACGAGACCGGGUUUGGGAUAGAAGAUUGAGGUCUGGGACCUCAAAGCCAACGCCGG